CCGGCACUAAAUUACUAAUUUUCCUCACUCCCAUUCUGCAUCUGUAGCUGUAUUCACAUUUCCAUUUCAUCCCCACUCACUCACACGCUCUGUCUUUUCCCGUUUUCUCUCUCUCUCCUCUUUUUCACAUAUACACACACACACACUCUCUCUCUCUUCUUUCUCUCUCUUCUCAUCGCACCAGUCUCCACCAGUUCAUCACAAGCUUAUCUUCUCUCCUCCUAGAUUUGCCGUCUUUCAUUGGAUUCCCGCUCCGAAACCGCGUUUCGGAAAGUGGGCUGGAUUUUCGCCGUGUUGCGUGGCCGGAGGGGCGCCGGAGCUUCCGGGGCGGUGAUUCGUCGGCGGCUCCGACGGACAGAAUGCGAAUUCGGUUUCUCGGUUGUUGGAGCGCUCGGCCUUCUCUUCUGCGUCGGGGAAUGGAGAUUUAGCUUUCGUUAAAGCUUCUCUUUGUUUUUGUUUUUGUUUUUUUUUUUCCUAUUUAUUUGUGUAAUCAAGUGAACGGAACGGUUCCACAUUGCGGCGGGAUAGCUGAGGAUUCUGCUUUAGGAGCUAGGAGUUGUUUGAUGUGAAAUUUGCUGCCCUAAGUUCAGGUACUUGUGCAAAAAAGUCAAGUGUAGUGUAUUUUUGGUCCUUCGGAUGCUUUUUUGUGGCUAUUUCGUGCACUUCCUCUUUCCGAUUUCCGCAUCUCGUAUACAUACAUUGUUCUAGUAUUUAAAGUAGAUUAGAGCUAUGAAAAGGAAAGCAUUGAAGGACUCCUAAUUGCAAUUUUGGUUUAGCCCCUGAUUAUGAGGUUUGGGGUCUGGAUUGGAGUGGCCAAAUUCUACUUUAUCGUUCUAUUUCUUUUUGAGGCAAGGAUUCCAAAAGGAAAAGGUCCCGGAUAUAAUUUGCGACUUUGCAACGGCUUAAAGCAUUGGCUGCUUCGACUCGCUUUGUUUAUCCGGAGAAUACUUCUUUUGUGAUACAGUUACCGUUCUAUUUGGCAUUCAGAAUCAGAUUCGUCAACGAACAUUCUGAUUUUGGAAGAAAGUGAGGUGUGACUGUGAAGCUUCUGUGUUAGUUGAUAUAAUAAUAGGUAUUCUGGUCAGGUUUUCACUCCUGUUACCAUUCUGGAUCCAAGAAUUUUCCUGGAUAAGUUAAUAAUUUGGUGGUUCCAUUGUGGUAACUUUGUGGGCGAUCCACGUUGACUGGGACUGUUACUGCUUGGUGUUUGGAUAUUGUGAAGCGUCGAUGGGGCUUCUUAGAGGUCUCUCGAUGCUUCUUGUGAUAUGGUUGUUCUGGUUGCCGCAAUUAGGCAGUGCUCAGUUGUCUGGUUCUGCUCUGGCAGCUGCACGGUCUCUGGAUGCACUUCUCCAAGACUAUGCUUAUCAAGCAUUUGGUCGACGACCCAAAACUGGGUUGGUAUACGAGGGAAAUGUCCCCUCGAAUUUGACAGGGAUUAAGGUUUCUGCAUUGAGGCUUAGGAGUGGCAGCUUAAGGAGUAAAGGUGUCACCUAUAACGAGUUUGAAAUGCCUGUUGAAGUCAGAGUGCACCCUUAUGUUAAGAGGCUUGUCUUGGUCUAUCAAAACUUGGGCAAUUUGUCUAUGAAGUAUUAUCCUUUAUCUGGGUACAUGUAUUUAGCCCCCGUUCUUGGUCUUCUUGCUUAUGAUGCAACGAACCUGUCAGCCACGAACUUGCAGGAGUGGAAUAUUACGGCAUCUGAUAAGCCCAUCUCUAUAAGGUUUCCAGACGUGAAAUCAGUGCCUGGUGGAUCUACUGCAAAGUGUGUUUCGAUUGAUUUAAAAGGUUCUGUUAAUUUCAGCAAUGUGUUAUCCGACAACAUAUGCACAACGUUCCAGCAGGGCCAUUUCUCUAUUGUUGUCGAGUCCAUUGCUCCUUCUCCUGCCCCAGUGUUUCCUCCACCACCGCCACCAGCAGGAGCGCCAAAACAAGCACAGGCGCCAAGUUCCGAGGGUAAGAAGUCCAAAAAGGUUGGGAUCAUAGUUGGGUCGGUGGUAGGAGGAUUGGCACUGUUGGUUCUGUUAGCGUUUCUUAUAGUCUGGGUGUGCAAGUACAAACGCAAGAAGAAAAUGCAACAGAUGGAAAGGGCUUCAGAGGUCGGGGAAGCAUUGCAAAUGACCAGGGUUGGAAGCACGAAAGCGCCUGCUGCUACUGUAACAAGAACUCAACCAACACUCGAGACUGAAUACGUGCCCUAGCCUGUGAAAUUUGUACAAAACCCACCCCGUCCGUGCACAUUCAAGUGCCCUAGUCUGUCUGUCAAAUUUGUACAACCCGCCUCCUCGUCCAUUCACAUUCAAGUUUCAUUCACACAGUUGAAUUCUUCUUGACACACCCCUCUUCUUCUAAGUGUCCAUUCUGUUGGUUCAUUCAUUUUUUUUGUUAGGUUUCAGUAGUAGUGGUGUGGGUAUUACAGGGUUAUUGUGUAAAUAAUCAUCUGUUACCUUUCACAUUGUGAGGAUUCGUUGUGUGCAUUAGGCUCUACCCCAUAUUGACUAUAUAUUUGUGAUCAUUUUUACUGUCCCAUUGAGAACCAAUAAAAUUUGUUAUUUUCUAUGUUGCAACAUCAAUA